UUGGGCCCACUGGCAGCACAGGACAUGGAAGCUCUUGAAGUUGAUGAUAUUAGCCCUGCCUUGGAAGUGACUGAAGACUUCUUCAACAGUUUCGAUACUAAGCUUGAGAAGAUUGUGCAGCCCUCUGGGGUGUUUGGUGUCCAGGAGGUGCCUGAGCUGGUUGGGCAUGAGGUGUUUGAUCAGAUAACAGAGAGCAGGAAUCUAAGGAACGUUGCCUCCUUAGCCAAAAGUAGCCUCCUUUGGGAUCACUGCAAAAAUGGCCUCUUGGAAACAAAAGCCCAGACGGCACUCUCUGCCAAAGAUCAGCACGUGCUGCGGAGGGGAACAGCUGCUGACAGCCUUGCUUGGGCAGGGGAGGGAGAGACUGCUGCUUUUAACAUCUUCAACAUCUGCCAGCGGAGGAGGGACAGGCCUCGGUCAGUGAAUGACAUCCUGGUGCAAAAUGAAGAAGCCUCAACGUUCAAGCCAGGACACAACCGCUCACGCUCUGAUAUCAGCCAUGUAAACUGGGGAGUCGUCUUCACUGGCACUUCUCUGCAGCAGCCAGCUCUGCCAGGUCAGGACAAUAACUGUGCUCUGCUCUCCUACCUGGCACUAACCAAGGGACAAGACAUCCAAGGAAACACAGAACACAAGCCAACGUUCCCAAAUAUUCUGAAGAAGGGAUACUUAGAAAUUAGAAGAGACAAUGACAGCUACUGGCAAACCUGUUAUGCUGAGCUCUCCCCAUACAAACUAUACCUGUAUUGCCUGGACAGCAGUGGCAACCAGACUCUUCCCACCGUGUAUCCGCUCGUGCAUUUUCAAAGAGUCGCUGUUACUGGUAGCAUUGAAGCCAAGGUGGUGGAGGCUGUCCUGUCGGACAACUCUCAGCUGCAGCUGAAGGCAGAGUCAUCAUGGGAGGCUUUGGACUGGGGGCAGAAGCUCUGGGAAGUGAUGCGUGCUUCUGUGCCUACUUUCGCAAGACAGCCAGAGCAAGUGGAGAAUGUGCCAGAGCCUAACAAUAGCAGUGACCUUUCUCAGACUAACGGAUUGGUAGAGAAGCCCAUGGAACUUUUGUUGUCUAUGAAUUUGACUGAAAAUACUAAAGAAUACCAAAAUAUUCUCAAAUCGGGGACUCUUUAUAGGUUAACUGUCCAAAAUAACUGGAAGGCAUUUACUUUUGUCUUAAAUAGGUCUUAUCUAAUGGCAUUCCAACCUGGUAGGCUUGAUGAAGAUCCUCUGCUGAGCUACAAUGUUGAUGUUUGCCUGUCAGUUCAGACAGAUACUCAAGAUGGCUGUGACUCUUGCUUUCAGGUCAUUUUUCCUCAAGAUGUCCUUCGCCUGCGUGCAGAGACCCGUCAGAGGGCUCAGGAGUGGAUGGAAGCACUGAAAACAGCAGCCAAUGCCACUAGAAGUCUAGGUCAGAACCCACAGGUCAUGCUUCGAAACAAACCUGGAGAUCGACCCUUUGGAAAUGAUUUCAGGAAGAGCAAGCGCCAGUCUGUGACAACCAGCUUCCUCAGCAUCCUGACCACGCUGUCUCUAGAGAGAGGGCUCACAGUUCAGAGCUUCAAGUGUGCAGGCUGUCAGCGCUCCAUAGGCUUGUCCAAUGGCAAAGCCAAGGUGUGUAGCUACAGUGGAUGGUAUUACUGCUGUAACUGCCAUGUGGAUGACAGCUUCCUCAUCCCUGCACGACUGGUUCAUAACUGGGAUACUUCCAAGUACAAGGUAUCAAAGCAAGCCAAAGAGUUUCUGGAAUAUGUGUAUGAGGAGCCACUGAUUGAUAUCCAGCAGGAAAAUCCCAUGUUGUACAAGCACGUUGAAUCUCUGGCAACUGUUGUCCGCCUGAGACAGCAGUUAAAAUCUCUGCGAGCCUAUUUGUUCAGCUGCAGAGCAACAGUGGCUGAAGAUCUACGUAGAAGGAUCUUUCCAAGAGAGUAUCUUCUUCAGCAAAUCCAUCUUUAUUCUCUGGCGGACCUCCAGCAGGUUAUUGAAGGAAAGCUGGCUCCUUUCUUGGGGAAGGUGAUCAAGUUUGCCACUUCUCAUGUGUAUAGCUGCAGUCUCUGUAGUCAAAAGGGAUUCAUCUGUGAGAUUUGUAACAAUGGAGAAAUCCUUUACCCCUUUGAAGAUAUUUCUACAAGCAGGUGUGAAAGCUGUGGUGCUGUCUUCCACUCUGAAUGCAAAGUGAAGGCUGUACCAUGCCCCAGGUGUGUGCGUAAAGAAUUGCAGAAGAAGCAGAAAUCCUUCUGGAGGCGACUGAAUAUGGAUGAAAACUUUGAAGAGUCUUGCAACAUGUUUGAGUUGUCAUAUCAGAACACAUGAGUUCCUCAAGGCAGUGGCGAGCCUGAAGAGAACCUCUUCCCCAUCUGCCAGCUCAAGCAACCUCUCAGCUUAGCUAGGCAGAAAUCUUUUUUGCAAAAUAAUAUUUGAUCUUCUUCAGCUAUGAAUAGCAGCUGCCAAAGUCACCAUAAAGCCUUGUCGGCUUUGGAUUAUCAGUGGCUAAACUGCAUUUUGCAUUGAAGUUCAGCCACUAGCUCUCAUGCAAAACAUGGUUUACUUGAAAUGCUUUAUGUCUAGCUAAUUAAGCACUUAUCUUUUUCUUUUCCACCUCUGGAGAAGACCUUUCCUCAAGGCAGAAAGUAUUUGCUGCCAUUAAUGCAUUGUUUUUGAUGUUGUUCAUUUAGAAUUGACCAAUCAUCUACUUAUUUAUGUGUAUUAUUUAUUAUUAGCCUUGGCAGAGGUUCUGGUGAAGUGUGUCACAGAAUAGGGCAGGAAUUAUUUUAAGUCCACCUGUUCCUUUUGAUAUGGACACAUGGUUCCAUUUCCUUGUGUUUCCAGAGAGCUAUUUUUAAAAGAUCAGUGCAUUUACAUGUCACUCCUCGCAGAGGAAAGAAAAGUAUCUCCCAUCAAAUCUUAUUCAGGAUAUUUGCUAGCAUAAGAUGCAGAAUAAUUUCUUUAGCUGUGUUUACAUAUUUAUAACCACCCCAGUGGAAUAUUACAUAAGCAGAUAAGCAGGGUACUUGCUGCUGGUUUUUGUUCAUGCUAAGUAUAUCUGUCAAGCUGUGUCGCUGAAGUCCGUUCUGCUUUACACUGCUUAUUCUUGAUCUGUGUGGGGUCACAUCCUCAUCUGCAGUAACAUGACAUUCCAACCUCUUGCUCGUCUUGUGUUUGAAGAAUUUUUAACUGUCCACAUUGGUUUUGUUUUUGUGAAGUGGAAUUUACUUUGCAUGUUCAUCUGACCUGAAGUUACUAGACCAAUAGUUGGGAAAGUAUUCUUGUCCAAGUUACCUAGAACAUACUUCCAAAUUUGUGAAGCAUUAGUUUGCUGUGUUUGUGUCCAAUGCAUGUCCUGAGUUCUCUGGGAGCUUUAGGAGGUUUUAUACUUCUCUAGAAAUUUCUCUAGUAGAGACCAAACUUCCCCAAGGUAUGGGUUUGCCUCAUAUGCGUGUGGAACACAGGGAAGUACUAAACACGAUAAAUUAAAUAUAUUAUGACAGAGAAGUAUGUGAUGGAUUUUAUUGCAGUGAUGCAUAUCAUCGCUGAUAGUGUUCAGUUUGUGUGAUUUUACCUUUAGUGAGAACUUAGAGAUCUUCCUCAUUCCAGUUCAUAUUCUUAACUUUUUCUCCAGAGCCUGCAGUAAUAUGUGUAUUACAUACAUAUUAAUGCAUUCAUAUAUAUAUAUACAUAUAUAUAUAUACAGAAAGCAAAUACGGUUUCAGAAGAAAAAAGCUAGUCACAUGCAUGUGCAUUUUUCUUCUCUCACAUAGGUUUGUUAAAAUGCAGAAUACUGAUCUUUGCUUCCUAUAUGAUAUGCAGGCUGUUGUAUUCAAGGUAGAAAGCAGCAUUGAUCAUUGAAGCAGUUCACUAAUUGCAAGUAUUUUAUAUAAAAGAACAGGGUACAUCAUGCUUACAUUAGAGGCUAGAAAGCUACAAACAAACUGCCUUGUAUUGGAGUGUAAAUGGUUGCUUUUUCCAACCUCCCGUGAAGAAAGUAGCUGAAUCUGAACUUUCUCAAGUUUCAGCACAACUGCUAUAUAUAUAGAAGCAUGUUUAUAUCUGUGUACACUAGACAACCAGUGCCUUUCUUUUCCAGAAGUCUUUCUCCCAUUGGGACCCUUUGGAAGGAAGUGAGGGUUUUUCCAUGCUCUUGGCAGAGUAGUAUAGGGAUUCCUAUAUUUAAUAAACUUGGUGAAUGAUGCACCUUUGUCACUAAAAUUAAUACUUCCUUUACACAGGGACAUCUGUGUUUCACGCAGCUCAGUGUUCUUCAUGUGAAAUGAGUUACUUUCAGCUGUCAUCCUUAAGGAUAUAAUGUUCCUUCCAAGUCCAUUCCCACGUAAAGAACUCCCUGCAUGUUCAUAUAUGCAAACACUGAGCAAGUCUUGUGGAAUUAGUCAUGUAAACAGGAACUACAGUGGUACUGGCUGAAUAAACAGUACACUCCCACGUUUUUCAGUGUGUGUCACUACAGCCGGUCCUGUGGCAAAGCCAGUAGCUCAGACUGUCGGAAUCUGGCAGGUACUAUUUUGAUUUAGCUCUAGACAUAAUGAUGGGUCAUUAAAGAAAAAAAAAGAAAGUUAUGUUUUCCAUGUCAUAAUGCUUUAGAACUUAAGAUACUUUAUAUCACCAGUUCAUGUUCCAAUUUAGAAAAGUGUUCUUGUGUGCACUGUGGAAUACCCUACAGCAUCGAGGAAUCGAAGUUUAGGCAUUGCAAAGUACUGAUUACUUUUAUAGAUGCUGUGAUGUCUAUAGUGUCAGUGAUGAGGGUGGCUAGAUAUUCUAGUAAAAUUCUGGAAUAACAAUGGACAGCUUUGGAGUUACUCUCAAUUUGUACAGCUAUUGCAGAACAGUUUUAAUUUGUUAUCUGAGACUUAGAGGGCAAAAAAGCAUUUGUUGUCAGAAAAUUCAUUGGAAUUAGUGGUGAGUCUGGAACCUCUGCAUUGCUAAGGACAAGGAGCAGAGCAAAAGCAUGUUUUUUGAUAUGGUGGCAGCACCCAAAGCUUUUUGUGAAUGAAUAAUGUACAAUAUACAUUGGAAAUUACUAUUUUUAAUCCAGUGUAGUUGUAAAUGGGAUGGUUUCUAAAAUGGAUACAUUCUUCUACCUUGAAAAAGUAAUAGAGCUUCUUCCUGUAGCUAUAGGAGCAGACUGUAAAGUGGAUGCUUUUCUCUCAGGGAUGCCUAGCUCCUAUCCAAAAGAAGUUAUUCCAUAUGGAUGAGUAGGAUGCAGUCUUCUGUUUCUGCCUUUCAAGAGCAUAAAGACCCAGUCCUGCCUUCAGGAAUUGUUGGUGAAGUAGGAAUGAGCCUUUUUCAAUUUUUAGGGCUGUAGGGUGAAAGAAUAAACAGAAACUACCAUGCAUGUUGCUAACUCUUGAAAGACCUUAACAGGAUGUUUUUCCUGCUUGCUGGAGGCACUGUCCAUGCUUCUGUAGGUGGUUUGGAUUUUGUAUAAAACUGUAUCUUGCAUGACUGUCUCUGCUAAUGUAAUGUAGUGGUGCACACUGGUCACCAAUGUACAGUUUUCCUAUUCUGCAGCCUUGUGCAUGCUCUGCAGACUUCUAGGUGGGCACCAGCUGGAAAAGUACCUAGGGCCUUUCCAAGUUAUGCAUUUCUGUCCCCCACACAUGUGCACAGAGAUGGAAUUUGUAUGUACGUGCUUCUAGUCCCAUCCUGCCCAUGCAAGAAAUAAAUUUGAACAGUAGCAUUUCACUGUGAAUCAAAAAUAAAAUGUGCUGUUUGUCUCCUUCACAAAGAAGGUGCUCCCUUUACUUAAGGAGGAGGAUAAAUAGAUCUGUAGAUCCAGUUACUGCUCUUACUUGGUUGUACAGAGCUUAUAAAACACUGUAGAGAUAGAAUACUUCACUGCAAGGGACUGUAGCCUGAUUUUACAACUACUUAGAAAAUUAUUAUCUCAAUUUAGUUAGUCUGAGAUUAUUUAAUGCAGGAUACUGUAAACUUACGUAAUUCUCCCUGUUUUCCUCUUUAACCCAACCUUCUAGCUUUUUAAUGUAGAUAAACACAUACCUAGAGGGUGCAAACUGCAGCUUUUUUGAUAUUAUGAAUCUGCAGAAUUUUGGAUCCCCUAUGCAGAAAUCUUUGUCUCUUUUAGCUGGUGAAAAAUGAUGGUUUUAUGGUGUGACACAGUGUCUCAGCUGGUAGGACUGAUAGGAAAUGGCAGUUGUGAGGGUUUUUGACAAGAGCAGAUGCUUUUUGGUGAGGAUCUUGCAUUCUGCACAGUAUGCUCUGUCAGAAGUGAGUCAUCAGAGUACCUCUAGAGCUGCUCAUAUCAAGGCUCCUCUUAGUAAAUAAUACUAGGAUACUGUGUGCAUUAUAAUGGAUUUAUGAUAAUGUCCUGAAGGGCUUAAAAAAAAAAAAACAAACAACAGAGGAUGUCUGGUGAUGGGGAAGCUGCACAGUUGUACUUUGCUUUUUCCCUAUAGCAACAAAAGCCACUGAGUUUCCUGGGCUUUCCAAGGUCAUGAUCUGUACUGCAGCCGACUGUUGAUCUCGCUAAAAGAAAAGUAAUUGAAUAAUCAUCAUAAUCUUAUCUCUUGUUUCUGCUGCUCAGCUGCAAGCCAGUCUCGUCUUCCUUUCUUUCUGCCUCUUCCCUGCCUUGGCUCACAGUGCUGAGCCUCUGGCUAGGCUUCAGCUUCGUAGCUGAUGACUUUGCUUUUGAGCUAGUCAACUUCCAUCAUUUUCUCCUUCAUAAUUUGCCUUCCAAUUUUCCCUUCCCAGUAGGAGUGCCUUACAGUACUGUAUAUUAGUUUCUAUCUUCCUGUUUUGGAUUUCCUGAUUGAAUCUGCUGUUUGAUUAACUUGUAGGUUUAAACUGAAACUCUCCUGUGGCUGCACACGCUCUUUUGCUGGGGCAGCUGAAUAAAUCAGUUUGCUUGUUCUGUCCUCAUGAAGUAAGCUUUGCAGGCUGUAUAUACCAGCUCUGAAGAUACCAAGCUGCAUGGAAACGUCUCACUUUUGCUUAAUUUGGUGCCUUAAAUUUUCAACAAUGAAGAAUUUUGUCAGGAAUGCUCUGCCAUAAUGGAGCAUGUUUGGUGUUAGAGCUCUAAACCCUUGCUCAUAGCAGUUUCCAUCUUGCUAGGAGUGAUUAGCAUAAAAUUUGUUUACUGUCUGUGCUUUGAGAGGGAAAUGUGAGAAAAGAUAACGGGGGGGAGGGGGCAUUGUUUUUAUUACCUUCACUUUUGAGACUAGCUGGGUUUUUUUUCAUUCACAAAUGAGGUCGUGCUAAUGUGGGAACAUCAGUGCUGUGGAUUUAUAAUAAUGGCAAGCACUGAACAUUAAAGCAGGAUCAGGUAAUGUGCAGCUUUGCUCCUCCCAGAACCACUGGCUGGCCUGUGCCAUGUGAUGAGAGGGUUCCACUUGGUAAAGCUGGGUUCAUGACUGGGUGGCAGUGAGGGCAUUUACUCUAACUUUAGUUUUAAUGCAGCCCUCUUUCCUGAAGGCUAACCCUCUGGGGUUUUUGUCAGCAUUACUUUAGGGAGAGAGUUAACCUGCUUAAAUAUGAGCAUUAUUUGUUAAAGUCUACAGCUAACCUCAUCACGUGUGUGUUCAUCUUGGGCACGUGACUGUACUAAUGGGGUUUUUUUAAGGCCGCUUUUGACCCCAAGUAGCAGGAUCCCCAUUUGGCAGUGGCACUGUUUUCUCUGCACUUUAAUAAUGUAGCGAGAAGACAGCCUGGAUGAUAGAUAGUGUGCAAAGUCCUUCUUUACUUGAAAACUCUGGUGUGCGCACACUGGCUUGGGUCAUAUCUUAACAUGCAAGUUUCCUCCUGGACACUAAGGUGGCUGUUAAGUCAACUCAGAAUGCCACUUGUGGGCAGCAUUGGAGAAAUUCGGGCCUGGAAGGCUGUUAACUGUCCAGGACCAACGUCUAUUAGGUCUCAUCCACAUCCACAGCUGUAAUUGGCUCAGUUACUUAUUUUUGUCUAAUAUGUGUGUUGAACCAACGUAAAUCAUUGAAUGCAUAGCACUGUUCUGGUAGAAAAAGGAUUUAUUUUAGUUUUGCUUCUGCACUUGUUGAUCUUGCUUCAACUGAAGUGUUUUCAGACUGAUUUUGAGUGGCAGUGAUACCUCUGAUGCUAGGUAGGCUUAGACAGGCCCUUCUGUACUUGAGCUAAGCAAAAGUAAGAAUUAAUGAGCAAAAUGCACAUUUGAAGAGGUAAAGGCAAUUUCCAGAUAAGCACCAGUCGAGUUGAAGCAGUUUGAGGCCAAGGGAAGCCAGGCAUGAUAGGCAGAGCUCAGGGUUUGGUACUGGCCCCUUUGGCCUGGGCUUACUUCCUACCAGCGCUCCAGCUCACCUGCAGCACCGUAAGUUUUUUGAAAACAAUUAUGUGUGUGCGCUACUUCAUCUGUUAAUUUAUUGGCAACAUUGUUGUAUGUGUUUCAUUGGUCUUUUGUUUAUUUUGUGUUUUUUGUUGUUUGGUUGUUGUUGUUUUACUUUUGACAAGGAUUUUGUUUAAAUUAUCUGCAACUACUAGGCAAUAGUCUUAAUUUAUUAUUGAUGUGUAAUAAUGUAAUUUAAAUUCGGUGAGUUGAAUUGCUUGUUGAUACUUGAGCAGGGUUUAUUUGGAUUCACUUGUGACAGCAUCAGAGCACCAGUCCCUUCUGUAUAAAGGCAUCUUUCAAUAAACACUACCAAAAAAUUA